CGCAGUGAGGAAAAACGGCCGAGGUUCGUUUCAUGGUAUGUGUGGUUCGUACGGAUCAGGGAGAGAGAGAGCGAGCAAUAAAAAGAGGGUUUAGGAUUCAUGCGUUGGGCCCCGGCCUCGGAACAGUCCUCAUUAAAGAGCUGAACGUGCUGCUGCUGAAACUAAUAGAGGAAGGGGUUAUCCGCUUGUAAUGACAGCAGCGUCAAGAUAGCCGAAUUAAGUGAAUAAGCACAACAGAAGCAUCGCGCAGCCGAUAUCAAACUAGACAACAGACAGAUAGGAGCUGAGAAAGAGAAAAUAAGGAUAUCCAGUCGGACUAACUAGUGGUUGGGUUGCCCCGAAAGCGUGUAGCGUGGAAAAAGGCUGAUUGAUAUGGCGGAUGCUGACUUAGACUUCACAACAGGCGAUGCUGGUGCCUCUGCUACCUACCCCAUGCAGUGUUCUGCCCUGCGCAAGAAUGGUUUUGUGGUACUAAAGGGUCGACCAUGCAAGAUUGUGGAGAUGUCCACUUCUAAGACCGGCAAACACGGACAUGCCAAGGUUCACAUGGUGGGCAUUGACAUCUUCUCCGGCAAAAAGUAUGAGGAUAUCUGUCCCUCAACCCACAAUAUGGAUGUCCCUAACAUCAAAAGAAUGGACUACCAGCUUAUUGGCAUACAGGAUGGCUACUUGUCUCUGCUCCAGGACAGCGGUGAGGUUAGAGAAGACCUAAAAAUGCCAGAGGGAGACCUGGGCAAAGAGAUAGAGGGCAAGUUCGACGCUGGUGAGGAAAUCCUGAUCACUGUCCUGUCUGCUAUGAAUGAAGAGGCUGCAGUAGCCAUUAAAGCCAUGGCUAAAUAAAACCGCAGGGGUUGACAAGAUGCACUGGACCUGGCUAUGAGAGAAUUAGACCUCAGCAAUGCUAUCCUCCCUCUUUUUUUAAUUCUUUUAUCUCUCCCUUUCUUUCUGUACUUUAUAGCCCCUCUUUGGGUUAAAAACUAGGAAAUAAAUGUAAAAAUUGUUCCAUACGAAAGAAAAUUGUCUAGAAAUAAAAGGUACAUAAAUCAACACCAAGUGAAAUGAAAAGAAAAAAGAAAGAAAAUAAGAGGACAGAAUAUAGUGGGCAAAAGUGCUGUAGUGGCAGAUGACUGGGGUGGGGAAAUGUUUUUUAUUUUUUAUUUAUUUUUUUUAAAAGAAAAGGCACCUCAUUGCUAUUAUGAGUGUCGCUUUUUAUUUGCAGAGGGUACCCUUUUUGUUUCAAUUUUUUAAAGAUCAGGAUAACUGCCCCUUUUUCAUUCUACACUAUCCUAAAUCACAACAGUAUAUAGCUGUAAGAGGUCUGUUGUGGUUAAUUUCAUUUAUGAGCAACCUUAGUGUGAAGGGGAGGAAACAUACUUCAGUGCAGAUUCUCCUGUGAAGGAAAUACAAAGGCCAUGACAUGAAUAAGAUGCAGUUUUGUGUCUUCACUACAGGACCAAGUGCUCUGCUUACCUUCCCUUUUAUCUUUCAGUAGUUUAAAGCAAAGUAAACCUUAGACAGGGGUGACAAUAUCACACAAGCAGGUGUGUAUGUAUGGAUACAGGAAGACUUGGCUUUUUAUCAACCCUCUCUCCCACCACAAAAAGAUGAGUAGAAACGGAUUGAUCACAGAGAAGCCAGCAUCAUUGUUUUAUCAAAAUUUCACAAGUAUGCUGUGAGAUGGAAGGAGGUGCCAUAAGCUUUAGAUCUCUUGAUGAAAUAAGAACACAAACGUUUGCCUGCAGUGUACUCAAGUCUUGGCCUGAAAUGACCUAUAGUGGUUUGUAUAAUGCUUACUGUUCACACUUGAAGGAAACAAGGGAAUGUGCGUAUUCCUUUGGGAAAGUUGGGUGAGAUUUUGAAAAAUUAAAAUAAAAAGGUUAUCAUCCCCUUAUAAAAUCAAUUGUGUCUAAUGCAGGCCAUCAUUACAUGUUUGUUAAAGACUGUCAUGCACAUUACUCUUGACUAUAAAAUGAGUCAUGAUACAUUUUUAUUUGUUGCAAGACUGUAAAUGAGAAAAAAACAACAACAGACAUUUGUAUUCUAGCAAGACAACCCAACCCAAUAUUAAAAAGAGCACAUAUAAAUUA